UACGAGUUUGAUAUCAAUUAGUUUGGAGUUUUAAAUUAUAGUAGCUAGCUACCAUGACUUUUUGAAUAUUGCAAUCCAACGCGGCAAUAAGCAUGCUUGUUGUUUAAGAAUAAUACAUCUCUUACAUGGUAUAUGUGUCUCAUCGGUUAUCCUUUUUUUUAUAUAGUUCAAUAAAACAUAUUUUUUUAUAUAAUCUGGUUAUUCUAUUUUAUUUUUUAAAUAGUUCAAUCAAACACAUUUUUUAUAUAAACUGAAUAUCUUUUGCGUAUAAGUAUAGAUUAAUCAUUUAAGUUGCGGAGAAUCAUAAUAAACAACUUCUGCGUGCUGAAAAGAGGUGCUAAUUAUACCGUAAACCAUAUUUUAUAUUAAUGUUUUUUCUUCUAUCGACAAUUCCAAAUAUUUUUUAUCACAAAAUUGUUUCCUAAACUCAUGAUUUCUAUUAACUUGCGAGUUUUUCUUUAUGUAAAUAAAUAACCAAAUACAUAUUUUAAUUGAAAAACCAUUUCUAAAUUAUAAGGUAAGUCAAAGGAGAACAUGUCUCCUUGAGUUGGACUAGAUCAUAUAUUCCAAUUGUUAAUUGUUUCAGUUGCGGCAUGAUUUUGUGCACUGCCUAAUGACAUAUACUGUUUGACAAAAAAACUCUUCAAAUUAUUUUGAGAAAUAUGAAAUAUUAAUGUAAAGUAUAGUUAUACUUCUUAUUAUUUGGUUAUACAUAUAUGUGUGACCCCUAAUACUAUAUAGUAUACUGUAAUACACUAUACUGUAACAUCAGUGAUCAAUGGAGGGAAAUUCGAGUUUAACGCCAUUACUAGAGAACCAAAACCAUAAUCUGAACACUUUUAACUCUGUUACAACAACUUUCUUAUCCAAGCUACCUGAUAAGGUCCAUUCUCUGGUCAUCCACACUGACUCUUCCUUUCACUUUGAUCCUCAUUCCUCCACAUCCACCACCUUAAGCCAAGGAGAGAAAGAAUACUAUGAAAGACAAUUUGCUACUCUAAAAUCCUUCGAAGAAGUUGACUCGUUAGUAAUAUCGGACUCCGUUGAUGCAGAAGACAGAGAAAAACAGGCUCAACAUGAACGCGCGAUGAAGAUUUCUAACUAUGCAAAUAUAAUUUUAUUGGCAUUGAAGAUUUAUGUGACAGUAAGGACUGGAUCUAUGGCUAUUGCUGCUUCAACAUUGGAUUCUUUGCUUGAUUUCAUGGCUGGUGGCAUACUUUGGUUCACUCACCUUUCAAUGAAGAACAUAAAUAUGUACAAAUAUCCUAUUGGAAAGUUGAGAAUGCAGCCAGUGGGAAUAAUCAUCUUUGCAGCUGUCAUGGCAACACUUGGCUUUCAGGUGUUAAUGACGGCUGUAGAACAACUGAUAGAAAACAAUCCUUCCGAGAAGAUGACUUAUGAUCAACUAGUAUGGUUAUACUCUAUCAUGAUAUUUGCAACAGCGGUGAAGCUUGCACUUUGGUUUUACUGUAGAACCUCAAGAAACAAGAUUGUGCUUGCUUAUGCAGAUGAUCAUCACUUCGAUGUUGUAACAAACGUGGUUGGACUAGUUGCAGCCGUUCUUGGCGAUAAAUUCUACUGGUGGAUUGAUCCUAUUGGCGCUAUUUUACUUGCAAUCUACACUAUUUUAAAUUGGUCUGGCACUGUUAUGGAAAAUGCAGUUUCGCUAGUGGGAAAAUCUGCGCCUCCUGAAGUUCUGCAGAAGCUGACAUAUCUUGUUGUAAUGCACUCUCGAAUUAAGCGCGUUGAUACUGUUCGUGCUUACUCGUUUGGAGUUCUAUACUUUGUCGAGGUUGACAUUGAGCUGCCAGAGGAUUUACCAUUAAAAGAAGCACACAGCAUUGGAGAGAGUUUGCAGAUAAAGCUUGAGAAACUUCCGGAAGUUGAGCGGGCGUUUGUUCAUCUUGACUUCGAAUGCGAGCAUAAACCAGAACACUUGGUUCUUAGUAAACUACCAGAUAGUUAACCUUAGUACAAUUUGAUUUGAGUUUUAAAUCUGUGUGACAAGUGUGAAUUUCUAUACCUUAAUUUUAUUUAUGAUUUUUUCAUUAAUGAAUGUGAUUUUUAAACCUUAAUACCAUAUAUGGUUUUUUCA